GGCUCAGUGUUUAGUGUUUGGAUUAGCGUCGAGACCAGCUGCAAUGGCAGGCGUUGGAUCGAGAUCCGAGUUGCUGAACCUGCUGGGCGAUGUCAAAGCUCGGGUGCAGGACAAGAUUGGCAUCGUGGACUUCCCCAUGCCUCAGUUUAUUCUCAUCGGCAAGCAGUCCGUGGGCAAGAGCCGGCUCAUUGAGGCCCUUGCAGGGGAGACCUUCAACUUCAUCUCCGGCACUUUAGGCAGCAGACGCCCCACGAUCCUGGAGUUCCGAAACGUGGCCGGAUCCAAGACCUCCCGAUGGUUCGUGAGGGACCGAUCGAAUGGUAGCUGGAACGAGCACGAGAUCAGCAAAGUCAUGGAGUUGGUUGGAAAUGCUCACGAGGAGCUUGGAGAGACAGUCUCCGCAGACCCAAUUUGCGUGCGGGUACAGUCGCCGUCUUGUGUGGACAUGCAGAUUGUGGACCUUCCUGGCUUCCGAGACUUUGCAUUGGAUCAGUCCAAGCAGGAUCUUUGUAACAGGAUUGAGGAGCUUGUCAUGACCUUCAUGAAGGAUACACGCAAUGUCAUGCUUUGCGUGGAGCAGUGUGGUGAUGCUGCCACGAUGUCGACCUUGGGCAAGUGCCGCCAAAUCGACCCCAAGUUUCAAAGGACAAUCUUGGUUCGCACCAAGCUGGACAAGUAUUACCAAGACCUGACGAGAGACAAUGUGGAGCAGUGGGUCAAUGGAUUUGGUGACCUGCCAGAGACGCUGAUCCGCUUUGCCUUGACUCUGCCCUUUUGGCAGGACGGCGAAUCUUGCCCCGCCGAGUCCUUUGUGAAGUUGAGGGAGGAGAACAACAAGAAGGAUCUUGCAGAGAUGCAGCAGAGGGGAUUGAAGCCGGCGUACCUCGAGACCAUUGGCUUCCAAGCCUUCGCCAACUUCAUGGAGAAGAAGAUCGAGCACAUGUUCGCGGAUGCCAUCAACCCAGUGCUCGACAAGUUGCGGGAGCUGAAGGUCAAGUACACAAACCAAGAGAAGAGCCUGGUGACCGAGCAUGAGGAAACAGACCCUCACAGGAUCUUGAGCACGACGCGGGAGUGCGGAAUCCAAUUCGCUUCAGCGCUCAGGUCCGUCAUGGAGGGUAUUCCGAACCUCAGCACUGGGCGCAUGACCUUGGAGUCAGAGUUGCGCCUCUUCCACGAUCAUCACCAAAAGCUGGGCUCCGAGCACUUCCAGAUGCUGCCCUCGGAGGAUUUUUGCGGCUUGGACGAUUACAUCGAUUACCUGCAAAACGACAUCCAAAUUGGCGCAGCCGAUGCAGAGGUGAACGGUGGUGCACAGUUCCGCCGCGUCAUGGCCGAGGUGGAGAUUUUUCUGCGUUUUUCCGAGAUCGCGGUGGAGACGAAGAAGCGGGAUGUCAUUCAGGCCCGGGGCGUUUCCAUGAGCUCUUUGACCUGGCGGGACGUUGUGGUGAAGCUGCUCAGCAACGAAGCCCACCUGCCUCUGCAGAGACGAGUGCAGUAUGUCGGCGAGCGCAUUAAGUGGUUCUUCCAAAUGCAGAAGGACUCCGUGGUGGACUUCAUGAGCAGCUUGGAGGGCAACCCCAGCGAGAAGAUGUACUCCAGCCUGCUCCUGAAGAAUGUCAAGCUCAUCAAACAGAAUGAAAUGAUCAAGCACUUGGUCUUCAGCACCUAUGACCAGGCUUGCCAGCGGCAGUUGAACCAGUUCAUCGAGCUCUUUGACAACAUGCUGACGUCCACGUUCGCCAACCCCUGGGUCUUCCUCAAAGGUGCCACCUACAACGGCUACGCCGAGGAGGGCGAGGAGGCCUUGCCCUCCAUCGACGACACCAAGGAGAGGAUUCCAAAAGAGAUCCAGAGCCGAUCCGGCAUCGAGAGCACGCUGUCAAAGUGGCUGCUGGACAUCCCCACGGAAUCUCAUCAGAUCGAUGAGGCAGUGGAUAAAGUGCAGAUGCUGGUUUUGAAGACGUACAGCUUUAUCCGCUCACAGGUUUGCGACCAGGUAGAGCUAUUUGCCGAGUCCUUCUUCAAGUUGCCCAUGCUUCGCAGAUUGGAGGAGGACAUGAACCGGAUUGCCCUUUCCGAUGCUGACAAGGCCAACUACAAGGCCCGGCGCGACAGGCUGGAAGGUGAAGUGACCAAGGUGAAGGAGAACCUCAAGGAAGUUGCCGACUGCAUGGAGAGGCUCCAGGCGUUCAAGCUGAAGUGCCAGUCUCAGCGCAAGCUCUGAGUUCGUGGUGCUCACCACGGCUUCGGGAAUGCGAGUCGCAGGACCCGAGCGGCUAGAACCACCGGUGGUUAAAGCUCCCUUGGCUACUGGGACA